GGAUGCUCCACUAACUGCUCGGGACGGGCAUGCAGCUUCCAGCCGCCGAACGUCUGCCGCCGCCGAAGUCCAGCCCGGGCCAUGCCCCGACCUCCGAGCCGGCGAUUCUCUCCGCGGCCAGCGAUGACGGCGUGGCCCAUGGUCGCAAGAUCAGGCCUUUCCAUGCAGGGUGCUCACAUUGGCGGACAUAAACAGAGCUCUCCCCCGCCAUGAUACCCACAAACCGAAACAAUCCUCAGCAGAUCAUCCCUCAGAAUGCUCUUACCGUUGAUAAGCACACUACUAUAUAUGUUCUUCUUGCUGGGGUUGCCGGAGGGUUGGUGCUGGCUGUGGUGGUCAUGGUCUGUUGCAAGGUGUGUCUUCGAAAAAAGAAACCUUUUACACGGCAGCAUGUCGUGUUCAACAGGAGUUCAGACAGGCAGCACAGUAGGGCCCGAAAGUAUCACAGCCUAGAUUCGGCAGUCAGCUUGGACAUAGAGACAAGCUGUGGUUAUCCGGACAGCUCUGCUUCGUCCAGAGAGCUGAAAGAAUUCGAUCCUGAUGAGCUCCUAGAGAGUGGAUUGUCUCAAUCAUGGAUGCAAGCACCGGACAAUGGAACAGAAGACUUUGGCGAAGAUAUCGAGUUACAAGAGUUACCGAAGACAAGGGCCUCAAUGAAAGGAAAAAGUGCAGUGGUUCCCAAAAGAGAUCCAAAGAGAGAAGAUCAUUCGGACUCGUCAUCCCCAGAAAGGCCUCCAGAACCUACUAGUGUUGUGAGGCGGAGAUCAUCAGUUGGUAUACAAAGGCAGGCUUCUGUUUGUUUGUCUGAUGAAGAAGAUCAAACGAUUGUGGACCCUAGACAACACUCUGGUGAAAGGCAACAGCAUUCAAGGACACCUGCGCUACCCCAGCGUGAAGUAACGAGAGUUGCAGCAAUAGUUCACCGCAGCUGCAAUGAUAAACCUCCCCCGCCACACAGUUGGGAUCAAACAUCUGUAUGUUCUUCCAGUUCACAGCCUGUAAUGGGGAUUCGUCACCACCCUUUCAUUCAUUCGCAUUCAUCUCCUGAUUCAGGGAGCACUGCCAAUAUGCUUAAUCAAAAACAUGGGCGUGUUAUAAGCACCCAUUCAUUGCAUGGAAUUCCUGCUGAUUUAGCGCGAGUUGUUGAUCUUGAAGACUAUCAUUAUAGCAGGCAACAAGUUUGGGAACUAGCUGCCCAAGGUGAAGCUCUUUUAAAAGAUAAGUCUCGGUCAAACCUAGAUGUUGUUGGUGCCACUGAAGGAUGGACAGAUGAUCCUUCUCAGAUUCAACAAGCAGCCAGUACAGAAGGUGGUUUACUGGAACUUAGUUUAGAGCAACAUCAGUUAGAACAUUUAAGGUCGCUGCUCAAAAGAUAUUCUCCUGUUGAUGAAGAAGAUGCCAAAAUUUGGAGUAAGGUGCGAUACAAUGACACUGGCAGCAGAGAGGAUAUACGCGAAGAAGUCAUUGAAAUGAUUUCAGGUGAAAGUUCCGAUGACAGUAAUAGCAGUUUAGAAAGUGAGAUUCUUAAACAACAGUCGAGACAGUUGUGGGAGUUGAGGGCAACUCUAGAAGAAGAAGAAGAUAAACUAAGUGAUACUCAGGAAAUCAAAGAUGAUCCUCCAGAAGAAGAAGCAUCAGAUCCGCAAGAUGUACUAGCUUCUCGUGCAACGUCUUUUGAGUCUAAUGCGGAUGUCUCCUGUGAUGAUCCUGGCUAUGAGUGCGACGAAAGUGAUUAUCUUCAACUGCCCUCUCAUGAAAUACGCCGAAAUUGCUAUAAGAGUCUUUUGACAAAAAGGCUACAGAAGAGAACACCUGGAACUGAAAGUAGUUUUGAUAGUAUAGAAAGUUCAUCCACAGAUCGGACAGAAGGUGCUACUACAUCGUUCGAGUCGACAACUGAUAACACUGACAGCACAGGGGAAGGGCAGACAAAUAGGUUACAGCAGAUGAAAGCCGACAGUGGCUAUAAAUCAAUGGAAAGCAAUGGGAAAGCUCCUCGUCUGUGCCGAAAGCAGUUACAGUUCAAUCUCGAAGGCGAUAGCUUAGAUCAGAUGACAACAAUGGAAGGAACAUUUGAGGAAGAACUUGAUGUAUUAUUCAAAGAUCCGGAUGCACAAGGAACUGUAGCACAAGGAACAGAUACUAUUAAGACCAAAUCUAUUGAAACUUCCAAAGUAGUAUCUUUUGAAGGUGUAACGAUAGAAGGCGAAAGUCUUCCACCGAGUGAACCCCAGGUGCAUAAAAAGAAAUAUAAGAGUGCCUUGAAGAAGCACUGCACAGAAAGUGAUAUCCAGUGGAGCGAGCAACAAAUGCUAACUGAAAUGACCGCUGAAUCACGAGGCAAAACAUCUGUUUUUCAACGGUUUUUCCGCUCAGGGCGCCUCAGAUUUGAGCAGAUGCAACAAUUUCGAGACUAUAGUAUCGACGAAAAAUCUGAUGCACUCUUCCGUGAAUUUUCACGGCCUGAUAUUGGUGACACUGAAUAUUAUCGUACCAGGGGAGCUCGGCUUCACACUCACAUGAGGCUUCACCACAGGUCUUUGCCGUCGACAGAGAGCAGUGGCAGCCCCCAUUUACCCCGAAAAGUGCUCUCCCCUCAACAAAGCAUUGAGGAGGAAAGUGGAGGAGAAGAAGAGAAGCCGGAGACCCGAAGCCCUCGUGAGACCCAAGCUCAGAUCCCUGUGAUAUGUCUCCCGCAAGCGGGAGAAGGACAGUAGUAAACUUUUUCAGAGAAUUCUCUUAUUUAUUACCAUAUCGUGGGACCGAAGCAUGUCAAAAAGCAUUACAGUAUUCAUUGAAAAUUGUACAGUGUGUUUGUUGCCCGAUCGCCGUCGAGUUAAUAUUACUUUGCACCUCUUUGCUGCCAGCACAGUCAUUCGUUUCACGUGUUUCCGUACAGUGGGAAAUCCUUUUACAGAAAUGUCCCCUCUACAGCACAAGUCUUUUCAUUUCCCAAGUCAUUUCAAGUCCCAAACAAAGGAAGGAGCUGUUUGUUUUUGCUCACUCUGUUACUCAAUUCAUUGCUAUUAUGUUCACAAAGUGCCAAGAUGCAGAAGAAUUCCGAGAGAGAUCAGAGAUCUUAAAAUAUAAAAAUAAACCUAUGAAUGAUUUUUUAAUGUAUGAUUGGGUGUUCAAGUUGGAAAGCGUCUCACUUUUUUUCUUGUUAUGUACAUAUUACGAGGAAACGUGCAUGUUGAUCUGUGUUUUAACUUACGCACCUGCAGAUAAUGGCAAGAAAUUUAAUUUUUUAUAAUGACGCCUUUGUUGCAGUCAGUUAUAUCGUCACUGUAUUCUUGUUUCAAAAUGAAAGUACUGCACCAAGAUGCAUUAUUUAAUUUUUUUUAAUAAAUUGAACUGCUAAAAUUAUAAAAAUAAAGAAAUUGUGACAAA